CCUCGUUCCUGUCCCCCGCAGAUGGUGCUGUCCCCGCGGCCGUGGCGCGCGCUGGUGGCCGUGUCCCUGUGUGCCCUGCUGUGCCUGGCGGCCGCGUACCCCCCCAAGCCCGAGAGCCCCGGCGAGGACGCGUCCCCCGAGGAGAUGGCGCGCUACUUCUCGGCCCUCCGCCACUACAUCAACCUGGUCACGCGGCAGAGGUACGGGAAACGCGCCAGCCCCGGCGCCGCGGGGACGGAGCUGCUCCUGGGGACCGGCAGCGACGGGUCACGGUUCGAUGACGACUCCUCGUGGUGACCGCCCCGCCCUGCUCACCCCGCGCCCCCCAAAUCCUCCCCACACCUCCGGGACCCCCCAGAGGAGCCAGGGCCAGCGCAGGACCCCCCGCUGGAAGGCCGGGGAUCCCCAGAAGCCGGCCCGGGGGUGUCCCCGACCCUCUCCCCUC